AUGUCUAUAACAACUUGCCAGAAGGUUACCCUUAUAUCAUGCUCUGUUCUCUGUGUUUCUCUUUUCCUGCCCAGAAUGCUUUUACCCAGAGGAAAAAAGGAGAUGGAGCAGCCUGAGGUUGGACCUGGGUUCUACCCUCCUGUGAUGCAUCAGCUGUCAUUGCCGGACGACUCAGAGCAAUGGGGUGUGGACCCUUCAUACUCCAUGACACACAGUGCAGAGGCCAAGGCCAAAGUAAAAGUAAUCGGUCGAGGCAAAAAAUACAACCUGAUGGCUCAAGUGAUACCCAUAUAUGGCUUUGGGAUCCUUCUUUACAUCCUCUACAUAAUCUACAAGCUGACAUGUAAGGGGAAGACUUCUAAAACAGGAAACUACACGACAAUUCACAGGGAAAACAUGGAGAACAGGAUCAUGACAGAUUAUGAACUUGCCAGGCUUCAGGAGAGACUACUGCAAACAGAGAUGAUGAUGGAGAGGAUCGUCUCAGCAAAGGGCCAUGGAUCUGGGAGUGGCAGAAGGAGGAAGAGUAAAACUACAACAUCAAAGAAGGAGGAGAAAUUACUCAGGCAACUUCGACAGAUCACACAGCUGAUGCAAGAGGGCCGGCUGGAGGGGGCAUCCCCAGAGAUGGAGGCUGAGGAGGUUCCCUACGGUGCAGACUGGGAAGGUUACCCAGAGGAGACCUACCCAGAGUAUGAUGAUGAGCCCUAUGACGGGCAAAGAUUUGAUUCCAUUACGCUGGAGGAACCCCCCAGCCAGCCCACUGCUGAGGCCCUGGCAGAGAUGAUGGAACAACAGGAGGAAGAGGUUAUGGCAAGAAAGUUAUCAGUAGUGCAAGAGGAGGAUGAAGAAGAGGAGGAGGAAGACGGAGAAGAAGAGGAGGAAGAUGAGAAUGAAGAGGAAGCAGUGGAGGAAGCAGAGGAGAACAUAGAGGAGGAGGAGGAGGAGGAGGAGGAAGAGGAGGCGGAAGAGGAGGCAGAGAAGAGGCAGUUGCUCAGUCCUCGUUUAUCCCGGUCUGUAGGAGAAAGAAAGCAGGAGAGAGUUGGUUUGGAGGUGAGCAGAGAGCUGCAGUGUCAAAACGGAGGGAAGAAGCAAAUAACCUUCAGCGACCGCGAAGACGUGUUCCACUACCCUAGAGAGGGUACUUAUGAGGAGGAGGAAGAGGAGAAGGAAGAGGAAGUGGAAGAAGAGGACGAGGGGACAGAGGCAGAAGAGGAGGAGGAAGCUGACGAGGAGGAUCCAGUGAUGGAGGCCGAGAGCCUGCAGUUCAGCUGUGAAGGUUCCUUGAACCCAGAGGAGGAAGCAGAGGAGGAUGAAGAGUAUAUGUUGAUGUCAGAGCCUGUGGAGGGCGAUGGUCGUAUACAUGCAGACAUGCCUAAAGACGUUGGGGUGAGUGGGCUGAGGAUGCGCAACAGGAGGGAGACCUGAAGGCCUUUUUAAAACAUACAGUGAACUCAGUGUUCCUCACAUUGUA